AUGUGCUCAGCGUUGGCGCUGAAGUGCGUUGGUGGUGAAGUCAUUGAAGCCAUUGGCUUUGGGAUUCCUCAGUUGAUUGUCGCGGCUCUUUGCGGCUUCAUUUGGGCAGCCGAUGGGGCUGAACUCCUGCUCUUGGGAUCUGUCACCCGAUCCGUCACCGAUGAGUGGGCCUUGGAGGCAUGGCAGCGAGGCGCGAUUGUGUCGGUGGUCUUCAUUGGCAUCCUUCUAGGCAAUACCAUUGGCGGCCCGCUUGGCGACAGUACUGGACGAAAGAUCCCGGUACUUCUUUCUUUCCUUGGCAUCGUGCUCUUCAGUGUCCUUUCGGCUUCCUGCACAGGAUUUUGGUCCCUCGCAGUGGUCCGGACCUUUGUGGGUGCCUCCUUUGGCCUCGGGCAGCCGGCGACGAUGUCCCUGAUGAAAGACAUCACACCGUCAAGGUGGCAGCUCUUUAUUUUUGCCCUUGUGAUUGGCGUGCCAUUCCCUUGUGGUGAGAUCUAUAGCGCAUCUCUCAUUUGGUACAAUGACCCCAGUAUGAAGGAGCUGGACUGGCGUUGGCUUUGCAUCAUGGGCGCAGUGCCAUCCAUCUUUGGCUUCGUGCUGUCGUACUCUUUCAUGAAGGAGUCCCCAGCGUACCUGCUUGAAAAUGGUUAUGUCGAUGAGGCAAAGGAACUGCUGGAAUCCUACAAGCGAUGGAACGGUGCCGAACACGUGUGCUGCGACCUGGUGACCACUUCCGCGCAUGGGAGGACUCCGAGAUCUGCACGGCAGAAUGUGGAGGCCAUCUUCUCUCCUGCCUUGCGCUGGACAGCUCUAGCGAUGAUUUACUCUUGCUUCAUGCUGAAUGUCUCUUUCUAUGGAAGCCUCUAUGCUUUCCCCCAGGUGUUCUCUGAUAUGUCAGCAUCAACCCCAUACAGUCCGGCCAUGGCCCUUGUGGUGGGUGCCAUCUAUGAGAUCCCUGGCCCCAUGGCUGGCCCUUUGGUGGCCACAGUCUUGGAACCCAAGACGCUCCUGCGCGUAUGUCCCCUGGCAUUGGCCUUGGCGUGCGUGAUCUUUCUUAUUGGUGCCAGUGGCCAAAGCAUGAUAUACAGUGUCGUCCUACAAACUGGUUAUGCAGGAAUAAAGGUCAUUGCAAAUGGCUAUUUUGCCGUGGCCUAUAGCGCUGCCAGUGGUGUAUUCCCAGCAGUGGUGAGAACUACUGGGUCAGCUGCUUGCGUGGCUGGUGGGCGUGUGGGCGGCAUUCUGUCCCCACUCAUUUUCGAGCAGCUGAUGAUCAUGUUCAAUGGUUGGGGUGCCUUCUUCGUUUUCAUGAUAGUCGGCAACCUCCUGAACUGCAUCAUACUUUGUGCUUUGGAUUUGGAAGAUGUGGAUGACAUCGACAGCUUGGAGGAGCUGAAACCCAUGCUUGGAAGUGGGGAGACAGCUGCCUGA